AUCCACCUCCUCUCUCUCCCUCCCUACCCUGUCUCGCCCGUGUGUGUGUGGGGGACUGUGACACGUAACUUUGUCCCUUUCAUAGACGUGUGCAGUAAACGUCCACCUGGGUCCAGGAGACAGGGCUAUCUUAAAACCCAUGUCCCAGAUCAAAACCCGUUUAUUUCUGAACAUUUUGUAGCAUGGAGGCGAGAGACACAACUGCAGGUGCUCUUGUGAGCAGUGAUGGAGAGGAGCAGACUGCAAAGAAGGAUACAGCUCCAAAAAACGAUACACCACAGAUCAAAAGCAAGAUGGAGAAGAUCUUUGGGUUCAGGAAGGAGGACCUGACCUCCUGGCACAGCCUGGUGACCCUCCUGAACCGCCCCACUGACCCUGCAUCCCUUGGCAUCUUCCGCUGCUUGUUUGGUCUGCUCAUGGUUAUCGACAUCACGCAGGAACGUGGCCUCAGUCACCUGGACUUUAAAUACAUGGAUGGUGCCCCUGUGUGCCGCUUUCCCCUCUUCAAUGUCUUGCAGCCACUGCCGCUGGAUUGGAUGUAUCUGGUGUAUGUGGUGAUGUUCUUGGGUGCUUUGGGCAUCAUGCUUGGCUGUUUCUACCGUCUCUCCUGCCUCAUGUUCAUCUCAACGUACUGGUACGUCUUCUUUCUGGACAAAACGGCGUGGAACAAUCACUCGUACUUGUACGGCCUCAUCGGGUUUCAGCUCACAUUUAUGGACGCCAAUAGAUACUGGUCAAUCGAUGGAUUGCGGAGGCCUUCUAUAAGAAAUGCUCACGUGCCUCUAUGGAAUUACACCUUGUUGAGGACACAGAUAUUUAUUGUAUACUUCCUCGCUGGAAUCAAAAAGUUGGAUGCAGAUUGGGUGGAGGGAUACUCGAUGUCAUACCUGGCUCAUCAUUGGCUGUUUGAUCCUUUCAAAGUGAUUCUCCCUGUGGAGUUAGUUAACCUGCUAGUGGUGCACGGAGGUGGUCUUUUUCUGGAUCUGACAGCCGGCUACCUGCUGUUUUUUGAUGCCACACGACCGUAUGCAUUUUUCUUUGUCUCCUACUUCCACUGUAUGAACUCUCAGCUCUUCAGCAUCGGGAUGUUUUCCUACACAAUGCUGGCCACCAGUCCCCUCUUCUGCUACACCGACUGGCCAAGAAGAUUCUUCGCCCGUUUCCCAGCAUUCCUCAGGGCAAUCCUGCCAAUCACCUCACCGGACCCUCAGCCCAGUACUUCCUGUGUUUACAAUUCGACCCAAAGCACCAGCACCGAUCCCCAGGAGACCCCGCCGGUCGCCAAAGCUCCCAAACUGAGAUUAAAGCACAAGCUGGCAGCCAUCUUUACUAUUCUCUACAUAACUGAACAGCUCUUCCUGCCUUACUCCCACUUCAUCACACAGGGUUACAACAACUGGACCAACGGCUUGUACGGCUACUCAUGGGACAUGAUGGUUCACUCCCGCAGCCAUCAGCAUGUUAAGAUCACCUACAAAGAUGGAAAAACUGGAGACACUGGAUAUCUGAACCCCGGGGUGUUCACACAAAGCCGUCGCUGGAAAGACCACGGAGACAUGCUGAAGCAGUAUGCCACGUGCCUCAAUCACUUCCUGCCCCGCUAUAAUAUCUCUGAUCCUGAAAUCUACUUCGACAUCUGGGUGUCCAUCAACGAACGCUUCCAGCAAAGGAUCUUUGAUCCCCGCGUGGACUUCGUGAAGGCAAAUUGGUCACCUUUCCGACCAAGCACAUGGCUGAUGCCUCUACUGGUGGACCUCUCACCGUGGAGGACCAAGUUUCAGGAGAUUGAGGGCAGUUUGGACAAUCAGACUGAGAUUGUCUUCAUCGCUGACUUCCCAGGUCUCCACUUGGAAAACUUUGUAAGUGAAGAUCUGGGCAACACCAGCAUCAGUGUUUUGCAGGGCAAAGUGAAUGUUGAGAUCGUGGAGGAGAAGAAGAACUACACUCUCCAGCCCGGUGAGCAGAUCAAGGUACCGGCUGGAGCUUACCACAAGGUGUACACAGUGUCUGAAGACCCAUCAUGCUAUAUGUACAUCUACGUGAACACCACAGAGGCGGCGCUGCAGGAGAACUUCACCAAGCUGUAUGAGCUUCAGGAGCGUGUUCGCAACGGGACAGAAACCGAACCUCUUCCUCCUGAGCUGCAGCCUCUUAUCGCUGCAGACGGGGAUGAAGGGUCGGAGGUCAAUGUGACUGACCCGAUUGUGCAGCUGUUCCUGAAGAGACAACGGCGCAUGAAGGAGGUGAAGAAGCGCAGGGAGGCCGGUGCAGUGGAGCGACUGGAGCGCUUUGCAGUGAAGAAGUACUACACGAUACGGAGGGGAUUCUUGAUGACAGCCAUCGCUAUGAGAAACCUGGCGGUUGGUCUCCCUCCUCUCGAACAGCUGACAAGAGAAGUUGCCUUCGCCAACAUGAAAGAACCUCAGGCAGACGCCAACCAGGACGAACGGCUGAAAGACGAAGUCGAUCACGGAGAACUUUGAAUCUGUCGUAGGGACCAAAGAUGAUGCGUUGACUUGCUGGAUCACACGUUCCAAACAGAUGUGUGUGUGUUGUUACUACUGGACUGUUACUGGGACAGAAAUCAAAGGAUUUUUAUUUUAAAUUUUCUAUGCCUCUGAAAUAUUCUGCCUCUCAGAUUAUUUCCAAAUGUUAAGCCAGUAUUUUGUGAUAGCAUUUCUUUGUGAACCUGGGUGGGUGACUUGACCAAAAAUACAUUCACAACAUAUUGAAAAUGAUAUGAUGAUUAUGUGAUCUGCUGGAGGAUGGUAAUUUAAAUACUCUAAACUAUUCAUUCUGCUUUGUUUUGAAUGAAAACAAACAUGUUUCUGUACGGUUUUGAGUUUUAAGGGGACAAAUCUUGGCGAACAUACUGACAUAAACAGGUUGGUCAAUAAACUGUUGGUUUAUUGUCCAGCACGAAUGUCAAAGAUUCUGUCCCGACUCAUAACAAGCACAUUAAAAAAUACAAAGAAGGAUAUGUUGAGAUUUACUGUUUUGAGGGAAUAUACUUCUCUGAUCUUUUAUGCGAACCCCUUUAAUGUGAUAAAAACUGACUGAAAUACAGAACAAUUGUUAGCAUGUCAACUGACGGCCUUUUCUAGUGACUUUUCUAAUAAAAGCUUGUGUCAAUUCAGUUAUUUGAAUUAAAAUUCUGACAAAAGAAGUUAGUGGCAAUGAUGAAUUUUAUUGGUGUCAGUAUUUAACAUUUCGCCCAUCUUAAAGUGCUACAGUUGAAUUCCAGUGUUCACUGUAGGUUGACGUUAUGGCACAUAAAUGACACUUUUCACAUGUUCAAGAGCACAAACAGUACAAUGUUGAAAAAUAUAAAUAAAUAUAAAUCUAUGAGAUGGAUCCCCUAGGAAGUGAUUUACUCUGUUAAAACAUAAACUCAUGAUCUGUUUAGUUGAGGUUAAUUGCUCAGGAUUCAUUUGAUUCAGUAUAAAUAUGUAGUUGUCACCACUGGAGGUUCAGUC